GGCGGUAGGAGAUGAGGGCGCGCCGGAAAUUGGACUUGUUGGUGCGAUGGCAGUGCGCACAAGACACCCUGAUCACCGCCGUGUCUUUACUCGUGUGUCUUCUGCGUGCUCCAUCCACCAGUCGUUCGUUCAACCAAGCUUCAAGUGGCACAAGUCGUUUGCUAGCAAGGAACCUCUCUCCCGGAAACCCAAAUAGGAAGCAGGCAACGAGUCCCAUCCAACGCUACAACAUGCACUUCCCAGCCCAGUCGACCGUCCUCGUUGGCGCCCUUGCUAUUUUGGGUGGCCUGGUGGAAGGGAAAACGGAUUUGGCGGGAUGCACCAAGUACACCACAAUGGUCGGCAACGUGGCUUCCGUCGUCUGGUUCGUUCCUGAUACCCUGGAGAUCUGCAGCCUGAUGGACUGCGGCGGCGGCCGCGCUCCUCCAAAGAGCAAGCCGGGCUGCCCUCUCUACCAAGGCCCCGAGACCGUCACCCCGUCGUUCCUUGAAUCGAACCCAUUGAAGACUUCGACCCCGGCCCCGGCCUCGUCCUCGGUGCGGCCAACACUGGCGACACCCACGAGCAGCAGCGUGGCGACGAGCGGCUCUGGAACCGGCGCAGCAGCCAGCUCCGAAACCGGCACCACGGCAGGCCCCGGGGCCAGCACGGCGGUUGGGAGCGGGGCCAACUCAACGGCGGUGUUGGGAACUGGUGCGACCGGUGGCUCAGGAUCUGCCGCCAUCACGAGCCCUCCUACAUCCAAGACCGGGGCGUCCACCUCUCCGUCGGCGCCUGCGGGAUCCGCAGCGGCGCCAGUAGCUGUCAUGAGAGGCCUGCCUGUGCUGAUGGGUCUGGCUGCCACUGUCUUGUUCUUGUGAUCCAAGGUUGAAUGAAGACCCACAAUCUGAUCACUGCCUGUAGAGGUAUGCUCGUUGUCGGUCAAAGAAUCGAAUGGCUUGGUCACAUUUGUCCAUCAACUGUCGCGACGGUUUGGAGGAACGGCACGGGGUGGGUGUCAGGGCGUCAUCCAUAGAAAUUUCCUAUCAAUGGAAUGUCAAAGCAAUACACCAACACGUGACCUCCGCC